AUGGAUUCUGAAAAGGAAGCUUUGAAGGAAAGGAAGAAAAUGGAGAAGGAAGAGAAGAAGAGGCAGAAGCUGGAGAAAUUCCUGGCAAAGAAAACACAAGAAAUGAAUGUUUCCAAGCCAAGGAAGGAGUACAAGGGAGAUGGCUAUGACCCGCUAGGGAUUGAAGGGAAGUGGUACGAGUUCUGGGAGAACAACGAGCUUUUCAAGCCUAUAGAGGGAAAAGAGAAAUAUGUAAUUCCGAUUCCUCCGCCAAAUGUCACAGGAAACCUUCAUAUAGGACAUGCAAUGAUGGUUUCAAUUCAGGAUACUUUGUGUAGAUACAAGAGGAUGUGCGGGUAUGAGGUUUUGUAUAUUCCUGGGACAGACCAUGCAGGAAUAGCCACACAGAAUGUUGUAUUGAAGCAAUUGGAAAGAGAAGGAGUUGUCUCUGACAGAGAAGGGUUUCUUAAGAAGGCCUGGGAGUGGAAGGAUAAGCAUGGAUCAAGAAUAUAUGAGCAAUUUAAGAGAUUAGGGACGAGUGUAGACUUCAGCAGGGAAAGAUUUACCCUAGAUCCAGGGAUGAACGAAGCUGUUGUUGAUGCGUUUGUAAAGCUCUAUGAAAGAGGCCUUAUAUAUCGAGAGCUGAAAAUUGUGAACUGGUGUGCCAAGCUGUCGACAACCAUAAGUGACUUGGAGGUUAAUCACGAAGAGGUGAUGGCCAGCACAGAUCUACAAGUAGAUGGAGGAAAGUAUGAGUUUGGGGUAAUUUAUCAUUUUAAGUAUCCCAUGACAAUAGAUAAGGAAUUUUCAGGAGAUUAUCUUUCGCUACCGGCAAUUGAAGUGGCAACAACAAGACCGGAAACGAUUCUUGGAGACACGGCGAUAUGUGUGAAUGGAAAGGACGAAAGAUUUGGAGCCAGAGGAAUAAAGGAGACUUUUGGGGAUGUUCCUGAAGGAAGCAAGCUCUAUUGUGUAAAUCCGUUGACCAGUGAGGUGAUUCCUGUUGUCUUUGACGACUAUGCAGAUAUGAGCUUUGGAACUGGAGUGGUGAAAAUAACACCUGCACAUGAUGCAAAUGACUUCGAUGUAUCGAGGAGACAUGGACUUCCUUGCAAGAUUGUGUUUGAUGAAGAAAACAGGGUAAUCAUUGAGGGAGAGUUCAAGGGGCUAAAGAGAUUUGAGGCAAGAAAAGCUGUUAUUUCAAAGCUUACAGACAUUGGCUUGUUUGUUGGAAAGAAGGAGUAUCCUCAGGUGAUUCCAAGAUGUUCCCGAUCUAAUGACAUUAUAGAGCCUAUUGUCAAGAGUCAAUGGUGGAUGGACUGUAAGGAAAUGGCAAAUAAGGCUAUUGAGGCAGUUAAAGAAGGAAGAAUAAGAAUACUACCUGAAGGGGCAGAAAGGCGAUGGUAUAAAUGGCUUGAGAAUAUCAGGGACUGGUGUCUAUCGAGGCAACUGUGGUGGGGGCAUCGAAUACCUGCAUACAGAAUGCCUUCUGGAAAAUGGUAUGUUGGAAGAAGCAAGGAAGAAGCAUUUUUGAAGAUGAAGAAUGAGUGUCCUGAGGAUGGAUGUAGUAUUGAUGAGUUUGAGCAGGACGAGGAUGUUCUAGACACAUGGUUUUCUUCGGGCCUAUGGCCGUUUGCCAUUCUAGGAUGGCCCAAAGAGACAGAAGACCUUCAAAAGUACUAUCCUAGCACCUUGCUUGAAACAGGCAGCGACAUUCUCUUCUUCUGGGUGGCGAGAAUGGUGAUGCUUGGAAUUGAACUGACCGGAAAAGAGCCUUUCAGCCAAGUGUUUCUCCAUGGGAUAGUAAGAGAUGCACAUGGAAGGAAGAUGAGCAAAAGCCUUGGGAAUGUCAUUGACCCGAUUUUUGUGAUUGAUGGAUGUCCUCUUUCAAAGCUGAUUUCGACAAUGAGAAGCGGGAAUCUCGAUGAGAGGGAGAUGAAGAGGGCAGAAGAAGUCCUACGAAAGGAUUUCCCAAACGGAAUACCAAGGUGCGGGGCAGAUGCUCUUAGAUUUACUUUACUUUCCUACACCUCUGGAAUGAAGGAUAUCAACCUUGAUGUACUGAGGGUGGAAGGAUAUCGAAGGUUUUGCAACAAAAUAUGGAAUGCUCAUAGAUUUGUGAAGGCAGCAGUAGAUGAGGCCAUUGAAGAAAGCCUUAGAGGGUCCACUUGUAAGAAGAAAUACGAGAAGUAUAUUCUUCCGGCUGAUAAGCUACAGAUUCGUUCUGGAGAAGGACCCGUUGAAUGGAUUCUUAAAAAAAGGAACGAGUUAAUAGAAAUAAGCCAGAGAAUGAUUGAUUCAUUCAACUUCAUGGGAGCCACACAAGCAAUCCAUCAGUUUUUUAUUUACGAUCUGUGUGAUGUCUUCAUAGAGGUUGUUAAGAAAAACAAGAGCGAAAGAUACAUAGGGGUACUAUUAAGCGUGUUUAUCGAUUCGAUGAAGAUACUCCAUCCAUUUAUGCCAUUUAUCACAGAAGAGGUGUUUUCUGAUUAUUUCGAUAGUUCUAUUUCCACUUCACCAUAUCCUAGGACAGAUGGGUCUAACCAUGAAAACAAGUUUUCUGGGACACUUCAAAUUAUAAGGCAUGUAAGGGCAAAGGCAGAGUCAAAGGGAUGGCCUAGGGUUGCAGUAGGGAUUGCCCCAGGAGAAGAUGUUGACCUUGCAGACCUGGAGUUUGUCCGUCUGCUUUGCAAAAAAAUUAUCGAAUUUAAGGUAGUAGAACAUUCAGAAAGCUCAGAAAGCCAUCUGUAUGAGAAGGUAGGGGAUUCUGGAGUAUUUGUGAGCCAAGCAGAUUGA